AUGACAAAUGUCAACCUGAAAAACAAAAUUGGAGUCAGUGUGGAGCAAUGUGUGAUGUGUCCAGAGGACCAGUAUACCAACACAGAGCAGAGCAAAUGCAUUCAAAAAUCUGUGAUAAUUCUGACCUACGAAGAUCCUUUGGGGAUGGCUCUUGCCUUAACAGCCUUCUGUUUCUCCUCAUUCACAGCAGUGGUUCUUUGGGUCUUUGUAAAGCACCAUGACACCCCUAUUGUGAAAGCCAGUAACAGAGUAUUAACCUACCUAUUACUCAUCUCACUCUUGUUCUGUUUUCUGUGCUCUGUGCUCUUCAUUGGCCAUCCAAACAGAGUCACCUGCAACCUUCACCAAAUUACAUUUGGAAAUGUAUUCACUGUGGCUGUUUCCACAGUUCUAGCCAAAGCAAUCACUGCAGUACUUGCUUUCAAAGUCACAGCCCCUGGAAAACAGAUAAGGUACUUCCUGGUAUCCGGGGCACCCAACUACCUAAUUCCUAAAUGUUCCCUAUUCCAAUGUAUUGUGUGUGCAAUCUGGCUAGGAGUUUCUCCUCAAUUUAUUGAUAAAGAUGGUCACUCAGAAAAUGGACACACCAUCAUCAUUUGCAACAAAGGCUCAGCUAUUGCUUUCCAUUGCAUCCUGGGAUACUUGGAAGCACUGGUGUCUAAUCUUGGUAGUCUUUUCUUUCUUUGUCAUAAUAUCCAACAGUGGCCCUGCCCAAGCUAA